UGUAAACGCAGCCAGGGAACAAGUGUGACUACAUUAUUAACUUUCACUUCUCUUCAAAGGUCACCUCAACCUUCACCUUCUAUAAACUACCUUUCUAGAUCUGGCUCAUGAUGGUGAAGAGGUGUACGUUCCCUCUACUGAUAGCUUCUGCUCUGGCAGUCGUGGUCUACGUCAUCUUCACAUUGCCCAGGUCACAGCCAGGCAACCACCAGCACCUCUAUCCGCACCACAUCUCUGACCAGUCCAUCACGCCUGUCAACGACACCAAACACUUCAUGGUGGGGGCCUACAAGGAACAUCGUUUGGAGGAAAGCUCCGUACGCAUCAUCAGUAUCUUCAGACGAGACUCUGUCCAGCCUCUGUACUGUGUGUUCUACUGUGGGACUCACUGGGCUAAUGGAAUGAAGGCCGAAGUCCAGAUGCACUCUGAUCACUUUGGUUUCCGCUUCGUGACGACCGACGUCCUUUGUCCGAAUCAUCCCGACUGCGACCCGUCACACGUGACCCUCGCCAUACAAGCUGACGCCGAGCUCGCUCAGAACCAAACCUUCCUCCGCAUCCAGAACCUUGUGAAAAAGGAGGAAGAGGAGUUUCAGUUCAACUUCACUGUCUGUUGGUCCAAUUUAUUUGGCGAUUAUAACAACGUCCUUCAGGUCACCCAGACUCUGGAGAUGUACAAGUUGUUGGGAGUGCAGCAUGUUGUGGUGUAUAACACCAGCUGUGGACCAGACCUGGAGAGACUGCUACAGAGUUACACACAGGAGGGCUUUGUUGAAGUGGUGCCCUGGCCUAUCAACCAAUACAUGAACCCGUCCAGUGGGUGGCAGCCCAGUGAACAUGGAGGGGACAUCCACUACUAUGGCCAGUUGACCACUCUAAAUGACUGUGUCUACAGACAAAUGUAUCUUUCACGCUAUGUACUGCUGAACGACAUCGAUGAGAUUAUAGCUCCAUACCAGCAUCAAACCCUGCCCCAGAUGAUGGAUGUACUUCAGAGGCAAAACCCAAAGGCUGAAGUGUUCCUCAUAGAGAACCACAUCUUCCCUAAGUCCCAGUUUGAGCCCAGUGGAAGGUUUGAACGACCCACCUGGAGGGACGUUCCAGGAAUCAACAUCAUGGAGCACAUCUACAGAGAGGAACCAGACUAUCGCAUCUACCACCCCUCCAAGAUGAUAGUACGGCCCAGGGCAGUGGAGCAGACGUCGGUCCACUCUGUGCUGCGUAACUUCGGGCAAACAGUGAAGGUUCCUCCUAACGUGUGUCAUAUCAUCCAUGUCAGAGUUCCCCUACAAGGAGGACUGACCAAGAAGGAGCUGCAUGAAGACAAGAGGGUCUGGGACUACGAGAGACAGCUGGUUCCUAAUGUAGAUAAAGCAUUGGAGAAGGCAGGACUACUGCCUAUGUGAAUAGAUUUGCUUCAUGCUGAACCAAACCUGCAGAGAAGUUUAGCCCCACACUUGAACGCUCUUAGGUGUUGCAGACAUUGACCCGCUAUGCUGUUUACUUUGUGCCUCUGCUUCAUAUCGCUGAGUCUAUCUUUGAUUGAUUUGAAUGAUUUUAUCUUUAAGUGUAUUACAAAUGUAAUGAAAGUAUGAAUAGUAUUUUUUAAAUGUAUUUGAUUUUAUCUGUACUUAAAGUAAUAAUAAUAAAGCCCCUUUACAAUGAGUAGGA